AUGGUCGAUAAAACCGGAAAGGUUGUUGGGGUGGUAGAUUGGGAGUUCACGUAUACCGCCCCAGCUGAAUUUACUUAUGCCCCACCCUGGUGGCUUCUUCUUGAGAAGCCGGAAUAUUGGACUAAAGGCCUUGAUGACUGGUGUGCACUAUAUGAGAACCGGCUUCAGGUCUUCCUCCAGACAAUGGUGGAUUGCGAAGAGGACGCGUACCAAACUUGGGUUGAACGGCCCAAAGAAAGCCAGCGACUCUCUAGUCGGAUGCGACAUAGCUGGGAGAGCGGAGACUUUUGGAUCAUGUAUGCUGCAAGGAACAAUUUUGCCUUUGAUGCCAUCUAUUGGAACAAGAUCGAUCAGCGAUUCUUCGGAUCUGAUAUAUCUGACGACAACAUAUGCGAUGUAUGGAAGAAAAGACUUCAUCUGUUGGAACCCGAAGAAAAGGAGAUCAUGGAUAAAUAUGUGGAUUUGAAGCUCCAGGAGAAUGAGACAAGGCUUCUCUGUUGGGACCCAGAUCAAUAUACCCUAGAAUAUAUGGCCAGGAUGGAAGCUUAA